ACGCGGUUAAGAGAGAUUCCCUGUCGACACUUUGGACGUCGUCCCGAUCGCGUCUCACGUCUCACAGCUCCGUCGUUCUCCGUUUUUUCGCGAUGGGCAAUCAUUACGAUGGAGCCGACGGCGACGACGGCAACGCCAGCGAGGGAGACCGCCUGACGAACGCGGCGGCUCGCGGCGACGUGGGCGCGGUGCGUGAGCUGCUCGCCCGCGGGGUUCCCCCGGACUCCCCCAGCCGCUUCGGCCGCACCGCCCUGCAGGUCAUGCUCCUGGGCAAUGCCUCCCUCGCACGGAUUCUGCUGGAGGCCGGUGCGGAUCCAGGGGUGCAGGACCCAGUGUGGGGACUCACGCCAGCUCAUGACGCCGCACGCGAAGGCUUUACCGAUACUGCCCUGUGGCUGAAGAUGUACGGGGCCUCCAUGAGUGUCAAGGAUGCUCUGGGACGCACGCCCUCCCAAGUCGCAGAGAUGAAUGGGCACUUGGCCCUCUCCCUCGCCUUGGUCGAUGAUGAGUAGGAAGAUGUUAUCCUCUGCGUUCUCUUCUUUAUUCAAUCCACCAACGGAGGAUGCAGACGAUGAGGAAGCGAUGGGAGAGGGAGAGGUGGAGGAGAGUGGAGAAUGUUGAGAUGGACGGAGUUGGGAGAAUACGAACGAUGAUUAGCUUGUGCCCGCUUUUUUGCCAUUGUUUUUUGGUUGAAAGUUGUUGAGAAAAAGGCUUGAACUACUGAAUCAGAAUCUUAAUUAAUCCUGGAGUAAUCUGAUUAGCUGUGAAGCUCUUUAUCACAGAAGCCCAGUCGGGGCCGGUCAGAAAGUUACAACAACAAAAAUCCAAAAACCGGUAGGAGCCCAAAGUAUAGGAAAGGCAUGGAAGUCUCUGAAAAUAAAUAUAACUAAAGUAUACAAUUAUAAAUUCCUACAACUGGCAUCUUGAGUGGAGGAAGUGAUGGCAGGAAAGAGAAGAUGAUACUUCAGUUCCUGUUAGUGAUUAUGACUGGUGCUGAUUCUACAGAUUUAUUUUGUAUGCUGUAUAACUUUAUUUACAGCAUCAUAAUCAUCACACCUGUAAUUCAUAAUUUGAGUGACUAUAUUUGAAUAGUUGAGAUUUAUGAAACUUCCACAUCUCCUGGGUCUGAAGAUGGCUUGGAGACAGCAGUAUAGCAAAUAGAAAAAAUAACCCUUAUGUAUGAAGCUCUUAGUGUUAUCCCCGUGUGUUUUUUCUCUGAGUAUGCCAGUUUCCUUGCAAAUAGCACUCCAUAAUGUGGCCAAACAUCUAAAUUCUGACCCUGCUAGUAAUUCAGUAAGGCUUUCGUCAAUAUCACCACCAUUCUAAACAGCACAGUGGCAGUAGGAUCGUCACCAUUCCUGUGAGAAUGGUUUUGUGGGGUUCAGCUUUUUGUCUCAGAUGUUAAGAGUUUUGUUGAAAUCAAAUCUGUUAUUACAUUGGUCAUAUUCUCAUCUCCGGUGCAGUUAGGAACUGUACAAAAUGUUUAUAUACACUUGGCAAAUUUAUUUAUUUAUUUGUGAAUGCAUUCAAGAUAUAGGAGGGAUCCAUGACCACCUAGACAUACAUUUUAACAACUGGGAGAGAUAUAACCAUGGGGGAACCCAUGUAGGCCACUUAUUGAGGGGGGGGGGGGGGGGGCACACUGUGGCUUAAGCUUGUGGCCCAAAGUUGGUGGUAGGGAGGAUAUUAGCCUCCAAUGUCUCUUAUGCUCGUAAAUAUUGACAGUUAUCGCACUUUAUUACUAUUUUAUGUAAUGUGUUUUUUUAUUUAAUGUUAAACAUUACUUUACAUUGCACUUUUAUUAAUAAACUACAAAGAGAUUUAACUAAAAAAAAGAAUGCUGUAAUUUUCAGAGGUGUCUGAUCAAAUGUGGCUUUGUUGCUCAGGGGGUUCAAAGUGGCCAUAUUCAAGAUAUCAUUAAGCCAGCACCACUGACAUCCACGGUUCAAGCCCCAGGAUAUCAGUGUGUCUCAGGGGGUUCAUAAAUUGAUGUCUGAUGCGCUGAGCCACCAUUUAAACGCCUAUGGAAAACCAGGUUGUUUACAGAAUCGUGAGUGAUCUCUCGGCGCUGGUAACCAAUGACGGCAUAUUUAUUUUACAAAAGCAGGCGUUACAUUUGAUAUUGCACUUAAAUACCUUGUGGUACUGUACUCGUCUUAAAUUAUUUUAAAGUAUCUAUUUAACUUUUAUGCAAUUAUCCAAUGCUUGACUUUGCAAGUAAGUUUUACCAAAAUGCUUUUUAAGUCUGUGUUAUUUAUGCAUUUCUUAAUCUGUAUAUGUUGUUGACGGAGCUCGCUUCAAUGAAAUUUAUAGACGUCAAUAACUAUAAGUCUUGGCUUCAUAUCAGUCGCUUUAGGCUUAAUGAAAUUAAUGAAGCUUUUUAAUUGGAUUGUGUGUUAAGGACAGUCUAUACCCAUGACUGAAAGCGUAUCGCGCCCAUGCACAAUUAUCAAAUUAGUUUUUUAAUUGAGCCUAUUUAAACUUUGGAAAGAAUGUUUACGUGCGAUUUUUUCCUAAGUGUGUAUUAAAGGCGUGUUGCUCGUGUGGAUAACAAAGCUAUGGGAGUGAUAGAAAAAGUAGUUUUGAGGACCGUAUAACUUUUUAGAGUUCUGAAUGGACAUUGCAAAUAAAAUUUUGGGGAAAAAUAUCUGAACCAACUCUUAAUGAAUUCCAAAUGUUUUUAAUUAAGUAAUAUUAAAAGUUACAGUUGCACUUGUUAUGCUGUUGGCUAUUGUUAAUGAAUUGAUGUUGUGAAGGUUACAAUGUUAUAUAAGAGGAAAAUAUGUGAAGAGUUUUAAGAUAGCGAAUUGUUGUGCUGUUAACUAUUUGAAUAAAUAAGGCAUCUUUUGCUAAUUAUCUUAUUUUUACACUCACUGAUGUAUUACCCAAUCUAUGAAAUACAAUUUCUAUAAGCAAAUAGGGAAUUACAUUUUUCGCAUCAAAUUAGAAUAAAACAAUUGUGGGGAGCUCGGCUCCUUGCGUCUACAUAAUUAUAACAAAAAAACUCCCAACGUUCGUCAAACAUGUUGCUCGUGUGGAUAACAAAGCUAUGGGAGUGAUAGAAAAAGUCGUUUUGAGGACCGUAUAACUUUUUAGAGUUCCGAAUGGACAUUGCAAAUUAAAUUUUGGGAAAAAAUGUCUGAACCAAACUCUUAAUGAAUUCCAAAUGUUUUUAAUUAAGUAAUAUUAAAAGUUACAUUUGCACUUGUUAUGCUGUUGGCUAUUGUUAAUGAAUUGAUGUUGUGAAAGUUACAAUGUUAUAUAAGAUGGCGAAUUGUUGUGCUGUUAACUAUUUGAAUAAAUAAGGCAUCUUUUGCUAA